GAUGAUUUCUACAAACAUCAAACAACCGUCCAUCAAUAUUAUGGAAAAAGCUGGAAGAGGCGGCAGCGUCAUUUCCGGUGGAAUGUUCCAGUGGAUUUAUCUGAGGGUUUAAAAGCGCGUGCCCGAAUAACGGCAGCGAAGUUGACGUGCUUUACGUGCCUCGAGCCGCACAGGGAACGUAAAAAGUUAGAUGAACAAGUGUCUGCAAAAAGAUACGGACAGCGAAACGAAUAGCAGGAGAUUUAAUAAAGCUUUUUAUUAGAGGAGCAGGUGCGCAGUUUGACAGUUUUACAUUUGUGUUCAGUGAGAAGAAAAACCUCUGGAGCUCCGUCCAGUGUGAGAACAGCCAUGAUCCUCCUGACUCCAUCCCAUGAUUUAUUCCAGCGCGCCAACAAGGUCUUCCUGAGCGACACGACCACGGGGCUCCAGAUCAAAGAGUUUGCACGCAAAAAUGCAGCCAACGCUCUGUCUGUGGCCAACAUGGUGAUGGGCAUGGCCUCCAUUCUCAGCAGCCUUAACGGGCACCAUCACGCGGCCUGCUGGCUGGUUCUGAUUGGCUACCUGCUGGAUCUGGCAGAUGGAGCCGUUGCCAGGCGACUGGAUGCCUGCUCUGCUUUGGGUGCAAAGCUGGAUGACUUCGCCGAUUUCACCACCUUUGGGAUCGCCACCUCGCUGCUGCUGAGGACGCCGGACCUGCUGGACAACAUCCUGUGCAUGUGCUACGUCCUGUCCGUGUUCGUGCGCCUCUGCUUCUUCUCAAGUGGGAUCCCCUUCAUGUACCGCGGGUUACCCUGCAUCUACUCCUCAGCCAUCCUCGCCAGCGCCUCUUUGCUGUCGGGGGGCAACAUGACCCUGCUGCGGUUCAUUGCGGUGGCCAUGAUCCUCUUCAUGAUCAGCCAUAAUUUUUACCCCCAUGACAGAGUCCUGGAGUCCCAGGCCUGGAAGAAAGCAGUUUAUGCUGGAGGCGUGGCCAUGGUGUUCUGCUCCUCCUUCCCCCCUGCGUGCGUCUACUACCUGCUUUGGUCCGUCUCCUACAUUUUGUUUCCCACGUCUCUCUGGAGCAGUAAAGUAUAAAGCAGCGCCGCACGGCGCCGAUGUCCUGACCCGAGCAGGUCCGAACCCAGCCUCCCAGACUGCUGCUGCGAGGCUGAAAAGAGCAGCUUGUCUUUCAAGACCUCGCCACGACUCCUCAGCUACAGAGGAGAGGAGGAGAAAGGAGGACUUUCUUUCUGUGAGGGACUCACCGUGAUGCUGUCACAGUGCCAUGACGCGCUGCCUUUUUGUUCAAAAUCCACUUUUUCAUUUCGUUUAUGUUCUAAUCUCCCGUUUUUUUAUCUUAAUCCAACCUUUUAUGAGCAUUUUUGUCGCCUUUUAAUAUCAAAUCCUAAAAAAUAUUUCAAAAAGAGCCUAAAUGAAUGUAGUGUCCCCUAAUUUCAUUUAAAUGCUGACAAAUUCUUUUAUACUUUCAGCUCCAAUUUGGGUCAAUUCCACAUUGAUUCAGAACAAAAAAAAACAUAUUUUUCAGAUACAUUUUCACUCAUUUGUGGAGCUGGGAAAUAUUCACUUAUAGUGUUUACUUCAUUUUAAAGCUUUUUUAAAUUUAAAUUGUCUCAAAUUCAACAAAAAUCUAUUCCCAUGCCCCUUUUAAAUCAAUUUUUUCACAUUCAUAGUUUUGAAGUUUGUCCCAGAUUUGUAUAUUUUUCUUUAGUAAAGUUGAGCCACAUUUCCUCCUAGAGUUUCAGCUUCAUUCUAAGGUGGAAAACUACAUUUCCAUUCACUGAGCUCCAUUCCUGAUGUUACAUUUCCUGUAAGUUGAGUGACCACAACCUUUUCUCUUUUUUUGCUUUGAUAGAAUAAGUACUCUCGUGUUUUCAUGAAAAAAAAAUCAUGUUUUAUUUUUGCAUAUUUGAGUACAUUUACUUAGGUGAUUGUUAGUCUCUGUUUUAAGAGGCUUUAUAGUUUAAACAGCUCAGUUUGAGUUUCAAAAGGAAAGCCCUGAAAGAUGUAGUGAAAGGCCUAUUUUGCUGCCAUCUAGUGGUUAAAAGGUGCACUUUCUUUGCCUGACAGGUGAUAAAGGAUCUUGCAGAUAUUUGUAGACCCACUCUGAUUUUUUUCUGAUGUUUUGUAAAAGCGUUCCCUGUGGUAUUUUAAUUGUGACGGCAUUCACACUAUAGUGAUUCUCCUGCUGCUUCAUGUACAUUUUCACGCAGGUUAAAAAAUCAAUCACACUUUCAGCGACUGUUCAGCUCUUUCAGAACAUUACUGCUUGUACUUUUGGUAUUUAUAAAAUGUAUAAUUUUAAAUAUUGAGCAAAAUAUGCCCCCAUAGAAAAUGAAUGACAAAUUGCUCAAAUCUUUCAAAAACGGUGUGCACUUUGAAGCUUGUGAACGUCAUUCAAACUCUAAAAUGUUCAACAACUUAUGGGGAUUUUUAGGGUAAUUUGGAAUUUAGCUUUUAUUUUAGUAACAUGCUAGCCGUUUUUUAGGCAAAUUAGGAGUUAAAUAGUAUCUUAGC